AGAGCUGUAGGUCAAGAAAAUCGGGAAAGUAAUAAUUGUUGGGUCUACUGCCGUAGAAACCGGAUCUUCAAAUCCACUGUCCUUGGCUCACUACCUCCGUCAUCUCCAAUAUAUUCACUGUACGAGUUUACAUGCAAGACUCUUAGUUAUAUCUGCUUCGGAAAAAAGCACGCGUACUAG